ACAAUGACGUUUAUGUUAACGUUAUGCUGAGCUUGGUCUUUGUUGCGCAAUUGCAAAAAAGUCAAUAAAAGCCCCAACCUACAUCUACAGCAAAACAUCCAAAAUCCAAUCUAGUGUUGAAAUUCAAACUUUCGAGUGUCCAUCGCGAUGUCCAGUGUAGUGUUCAUGGAUCGAAUUCGCUCGUUUUUCGGGCUCCGACAAGAGCCGCCUAGGAAUGAUUUUCGCAACCCGAUUUGGGGCUCCGAUGAUGAUGACGACGAUGAUGAACUGUACGGCAGAAAUAAAAUGGAGGUGUUCGACCCGCGCGAGAUGCAGCGGGAGUUCGUGAGCCACAUGCAGGAAAUGUUUAAGAACUUUGGCAGUCUAUUUGGAGACAUGAAGGUGUUUAUGGGUCAGGGCGAUAUUGGUACCAUCACCGAGUUUCCUACCACUGAACAAGAACCAGAUCACUUUGACAGCAACCUUAUAAGAGGCUACUACUUGAAACCUGGCUACCAGGAACAUAAGUAUGAACACCUGAAGGAGGACAGCGAUUUAGAUGGAAAGAUUUCCUCCAAUGAAAUUUCUGGUUUAUUGCAACAGAAAGAUGGCAUUAUGGCCCCACAGAAUCCGUUUAGUGGCAACCUAGUCCCUGGACGAUCUUUCUGUAAGACAAUCAUAACCACAAGUGUAACAAAACCUGAUGGCACAAUUGAAACUCGUCGGAUUAUCAAAAACGGUAAUGAAGUUAUCGAGGAGACAACCACAACUGAACUUGACUCAAAGAACCCAUACAAUCCUGGUUUCAACCCUGUUUUACCUACUGACAUGAUGUUUUCACAACUCUCAUCUCUUUUGAGGAAUUUCUAUUAGAGUAAUAUUGCAAAAUAUUACACUUAGUAACAUGGAUAAAGGUUAAGAAAGUAAGAAAGAUGUCAAACAGGAUGCCAAUUAGGUUGAUAGCAUUCAAAUUAGGUUAUUGGUUUUGGACUCACUUUAAGCAAAACACAUCCAGAAAAACAGUUUUAAAUAUUAAUAUCAUAAUAGCUUUUACACUUAUUAUUAGUAUAGUCCAAAAAACUUAUACGACUCAAUGGCAACAUCACUGUUAUCACACCUGAAAUCUCAGUCACUAAAGGUUGUACUCAAUGGCAACAUAGCUGUUAUUGCUCCUGAAAUCUCAGUAACUUGGUGGCCACUUGACCUUUACAUAUGGCAACAAUUAGUUUCAAUGCUAGACUCUGGGCCUGAUAAGUUUGUCAUACUAUAAAAAGAACAAUAUCCGAUCUAUGUAUUGGGCAAUAUAUACUAUUACAUAAACACUGUAACUGUACUGCACCUGGUUAUUUUACAGAAUGAUCUAUUAUGAAUAUAUUAAUUUAACGAGUUUCCAUUUAUUAUAUUAUUUAAUAUUAAACUAGUUCAGUCAGACUAGUUCUUAUACAUUAUUAAAAUUAAUUUAAUAUUAAUUAUUUAAAUUAAUACUACUCCAACAAUGUUGAUGCGAUGCUUUAUAUUUGUCAUACACACAUGAAUUACUUUACCUUUUCGAAAAUCUUUAUUUGCAAAAGACCUUUCUAUAUUUCCUUUAGCCCAUGCUUACAUCUGUAUAAACAAAUGUUACUAUAAAGCUUUGGUCCAGUCUCACGAAAUCAGUGCCAACAAUCAGUUGACAAACUGUUGGAAGAAUAUGAGAUAGGACACCUUUGAAAAUCGUCACUACAUUGUGUUUCAUUGUGAAGAUUCAUAGUAAUGUUUGUAUACUCAAAAAAUGUUAGAUUUCUAAGACGCUAAUUUAUCUUUGAUGUGAUAGGUAGUUUUAAAGAGUGAAUUAUUUUUUUCUAAAUUAUUGUGUAGAAGUAAUACAUAGUAUUUUUCCCUUUUUCCUUUUGGUAUAUUACAAUCAUAUACUUAAUAUAUUCUGGAUAGAUAGAUUUUAGGGUUUAAUUAAACAUUUUUCUCUUUAACUAU